AUGUUCUUUCUGUUCUUACAGUAAUCAAGACCACCAUGUUUUGAAAAAAAAUAUUCCCUAAUUUGAUGCGAAAUAUUCAAACUUCGCAAAAAUAGAGUGUUCAUGACAGACUAGAGUGAGUUACAAUGGGCGAGGUGUACCAGUACCAUAUCACAAUGUUAGUCACCACAGAACAGGUGGAUGCCAUCAGGUCCUUGUUUAAAGACAAAAAUUGGCCUUGUUGGCUGAAAGUGUUGUCAGAUGAAAAUGUAGCAGCAAUGGUACAGAGAGGUUUUACAGAUAUAUUCCCUGUGAUGACCGCGGGUCAAGACGGGGGUAUCGGACAGUCGGUUUUCACUGAAAUCAAAUCGGAAGUUGUAGAUAUCGAGGAUGACUCAGACUUGUUAGAGAAACAGAAUGAUUUGCAAAGAAAAAUAGAACAACCAAAGAUAACUGAUGAUGAAGACACCAUGGACUAUGACAUGAUGUGCACAGAUGAUGCAGAAAAUUCUGGACCAGGUGUUGAUGGUGGUAAACAAGCUAGUGCAAGAAAGGGGACCGGUACUAAAAGAAGACAGUCUUCACCAAAAACUGAAGGGGAUAGUCCUGAGAAGGAAAAGCCAAACAAACUGAAGUGUCCAUUGUGUGAGGUGACAUGUGUAACAAAGACAAUAUUGAAAAGGCAUUUUAAGAGACGACAUAAAGGCUCAUGGCUAGAUGUAGAAUGCAGUGAUUGUAAGAAAAGGUUUAAGACAAAGGAAGACCUAUGGGAGCAUAGAAGGGAAGCCAACCAUGAACCUCCGAAAGAAUCCGCCAAAAUGUUCUCUGUGGAUCAACUUUCACCGGAGGAACUUCAAAAGUUAGGUCACUUGAAAUGUGAAAUUUGCGCCAACUACUACCCUCAUAGAAGGUCGUUGAGGAGACAUUUAUACAAGGUUCAUAGAGAUGUUCUACCUAAAUGGAAUUGCCCUAUAUGUGACUCUGAAUUUGAUACACGUGAUGAAUUGUGGAAACACAAACGUGAAAAACAGCAUAAAACUAAUAUUUGGACACUUGGCAACUAUCAGUGUGAUUCUUGUGGGAAAAUAUACACUCGGUACGAUUCCUUCACAGAACAUCAACUUUCUUGUGAAAAAACUGAAAGUGAAAAGUUGGCAAGUCGCCAGCAUCCUUGUGACAUAUGUGGUUUAGUGUUCAAAUCUGUAAUACGCGUUAAAGCUCACAAACGAGGAGUUCACAUAGUAGCACCUGUGGUUUGCCACGUGUGUGGAGCAAUUUGCAAGAAUAAGCGUGCGUUGCUUGUACAUCGCAGAAGGCAUGAUAUGAAAAAUAAGAAGUACAAUUGUGAUGACUGUGGAAAGUCUUUCUUUAAUAGUACGCUUCUGUCGCAGCAUGUGCGCACACAUACAAAGGAAAAGCCGUACAAAUGUCCGAUGUGCAAUUAUACCUGUGCUAUUAAACAAAACAUACAUAAACAUUCACAGAAAGUUCAUAAAACACAAUGUAAGGCAAUCUGUUUAGAUGAUACAAAGGAAUCUUCAGUGUUGGACUCGGACAAACUGGUUACCAGUGAGCAGAGUUCUGGUUCCUUAAAUAAUUCCACUGAAGACUUGGUAAAGUUACAGAGUAAGGAGCUUCAGGAUAAACAUGCCCGUAGUUCAUUUCAACCAGAAUUUAUGAAUGUCAGUAAUGUACAGAAACCAAGUGAGUUUACAGAAGUGUUGGAUUAUAGAAUGAAUGCACCAUCGUUCUCUCAAGGAAGUUUUCAGCAUCAGUAUCAAUAAAGUUAUUCUCACUGUUCAAACAAAUUUAGAUAUUGUGAGGAUUUGUUUUGAUACAAUAGCAGAAAUUCUGAGAGAAAUUUCCUGAUUUUGAAAUAAUUUAACAUAAAAGAAAGUUCCAACAACUUGGUUGAGAUCAGAAGCAUCUGGUCACUGGCUGUGAGAUCAGAAGUAUCUGGUCACUGGCUGUGAGAUCAGAAGCAUCUGGUCUGAUCACUGGCUGUGAGCAAUUACUGGUACGGGUGUUUCUGUUUCUCACCAGAACUGACAUACCAGGUUUCCAAAGAACAGCAACAAUAUGAAACUUGAAUUUUUUAAAAUGUAUAUUUUAUAAAAUGUAAUUAAGAAAUAAUAUAUCUCAUCCAGUGAUUUGUCGUUGAAUAAAUCAUUGUCAUUCAGAUGCGAAGGAAUUAUAUCACGAGGGCGCAGCCCGAGUGAUAUAAUAAUACGCAUCUGAAUGACAAACAAUGAUUUAUUCAAGAGCAAAUCAAUAAAUGAGAUAUAUUAUUUCGAUUCUAACACGUUACCAAAGAUUUUUAAGUACAUUCUUGACGAUAAUCAUUAAAUAUUUGCCCGUUUUCAAUCAGUUUCUUUUCCAGCGCGCCGCUAUGCCGUUUGACGCCAUGACGUAAUAAUUGUGACGUCAGAACAGUGAUUUGUUGUAUAAUAAUUCACUGUUUUCUGUCUUCUUUGUUUAAUAGGAAAAUGAAUCGGAUCGUGUUAGAAUUAUAAUUAUUACACAUUGUCGAUUCUGUUUUCAUCAAGUAAUGUUUUUGCAGUGAUUUUAUUAAGAACUUCUAACAUUUUGAUUAACUGUGCAAUUUGCAAUGAUAAAAUUGUUGUGGAA